CGGUUGAAAGAGCAGGAGAAGAAACAGAGCGUCCGAGGUUUCGACAUUUCUGGCUCCGCUUUCCUCCUCCCUCUGUGCGACAAUGGAAUCCGAGGGAGUCACCGCCACCGUCACCGUCACCGUCACCGCCACCUCCACCGACACCGCCUCCGCCGCAGCCGCCCCCUCAUCUCCACCGCAGGAUCCUGACUUCUCCGCAGUCGGAUCUCCUGACUCUCACUUACAAGAAGUUCCGCAGCCAUCUGACGACCAUCCGUCAUCUCAGACCCUCGUUCUCACCGAUGAUCUCCGAGACAAGAUCAUCAAGCAGGUAGAGUAUUACUUUAGUGAUGAAAAUCUGCCCACUGACAACUUUCUGAUGAAAUAUGUGACCAAGGACAAGGAAGGAUUUGUUCCUGUUGCAGUUAUUUGUUCAUUUAGGAAAAUGAAAAAGAUCAGCCUAGACAGGUCAUUGAUGGUGGCUGCAAUCAGGGAAUCUUCUCUUCUUGUUGUUAGUUCAGAUGGGAAGAGGGUGAGGCGACUUAAUCCCCUUCCAUCCACGGAGGUCAGGGAUCCGAAGUUAUGCACUGUUUUGGUAGAAAAUCUACCUGAGGAUCAUUCAACAGAGAAUAUUCAGCGAAUAUUUGGGGAAGCUGGAAAUAUAAAGAGUAUUUGCAUCCACGACCCACAUGAUGUAGGAGAACGCAAAAAACGCACAAUUGCAGAGAAGCUUCUACUUGGUAAGUUACAUGCUCUCGUGGAGUAUGAGACUGUGGAGGCAGCUGAGAAAUCUGUGGCUAUGUUGAAUGAUGAGCAAGAUUGGAGAUAUGGCAUGCGGGUCAAACUUCUCAAACGAAUGGGCAAGAAUGGACAAAAGCAAAAAGGCUGGAGGGAACCGGAGUCUGAGAAGAAUACCAAUGUCCAAACAUCUGAUCCAGCUGGAGAUAUGGAGAACCAUUGUUCAAGUGAACACCAAGAUGACACACCGGAUGAAGAGCACGAGGAGAAUUUGUCGAAGGAGAAAAAUGGGCACAGGGGACGAAACAGAGGACGUGCAAGAAGACAGAAGUAUCAUGGUUCUAGUGGGCAGGGCCACGGAACUGUUUCAUCUAGUCACAGCUAUGAAAUUCCAAAGCCACCUCCCGGCCCAAGAAUGCCAGAUGGAACCAAAGGAUUUACAAUGGGACGUGGACGGCCUCCCACUAGCAAUCAGAGUUAGCUUCUUAUCUUUUUCUUUUACCCCACACAGUGCACAUCUGUUACAGACACAAAAAUUGUGAAGUGGUCGUUAAUCCUUAAUCCAAAAAUCUGUGUUGAAUUGCCUUCGAUUCUGUGCUGUAAAAUUGAAAUGAGCUCCUGGUUUACAGAAAGUGAAAUGGAAUCUAUUUACAGGUUUGCUUGAGAGAUUGUGAUUAUAAAAUGUAGUAGAUUGUUUGUCCA